AUGACACGGUCGUGCAGCUUUUCUGUUAAAGGCAAAGCCAUAGCACGAAACAAACGGCAGCAGACGAGCAUGCAAGGCAGCCAGCCGGCAAGAGCAAAAUCUAAGCUGGAAACCUACCGCGAACGCAAUAGGGUUGAACAGCAAAAUCACCUCUGUAAUAAGCAGAAGGAGCUAGCAAGCUCCCAGCUUGUGGCCGAAGCUCGCAAGUCCUUGCAAGCCCAGUCGACGCGGGACCAGUAUGAUCGGUACCAGGAGAAGUUCAUG